AUGCUCUCCCUCCCGCAGCUGAUCGCCCUGUGCGUCGCGGCCAUGUUCGCCUACGACCCCGUGGCGCGCCUGCUCGGGUUCGGCGGACAAGGGCAGCCCGUGUCGUCGCCGCUGCAGGGUACAGCGAGGGGUGGUGGCCGUCACCAUCACCACCGUCCCAACCUCACCGAGGCGCUCCACGCUCUCGAGGAUGUCGUCAACGGCACCAGGGUCAGCGCCGGCGUCGACGGGCUGCGGUGCGAGCCGGACGCGCUCGCCGUGCACGUCUUUUCCAGACAGCCGUUGGUGCUGUACGUCGAGAACUUUUUGGCGAGGGAUGAGAGGAGGCACUUGGUUGAGAUCAGCGAGCCGAUUUACACCCCCUCCACAGUGACAGACGACGCCGGACCUCGCCGGGACAAGUCGAUCCGCGACUCGGAGGUGGCACUGAUCCCCCGCACCGACACGGUGAGGUGCAUCGAGGCCCGGGCCAGGAGUCUCCAGGGCUGGCGCGACGAGACAUGGAUCGAGCGGCUGCGGGUGCAGCGCUACCACGUCGGCGGCCACUACGGGCAUCAUUUUGACUGGAUGGAACCACGCAUGGGCUACGCGCGCGUCAGCAGCAUCAUGGCCUGGGUCGACGACGGCAACGGCUCGCUCGUCGGCGGCGGCACAGAGUUCCCGCUCCUGCAGAGGCCAAGCUCCGAUGACAGGUGGUGCAGGUUCAUCGUCGGCUGCGGCGCUGAUGCCGAAGAGGACAAGAAGCAUCCGCGAGGAGCAGGUGUCAUCUUCAAGCCCAUCGUCGGCAACGCCGUCUUUUGGGAAAACUUCAACCCGCCACCAGGGCUCGGCGGCGGUGCCGUCGUCAGGGGCUACGAGGAAUCAUGGCACGCUGGGUUGCCGGUCGAGCGCGGCGUUAAGGUCGGUCUCAAUAUUUGGAGCUACGGUAGGGUGGACUGA